AGCGUUUACAUACAGCGUCUCUGUCCAGUACGUCUGUUGACACUUCCAUCGACAGGCAACAGAAGCAUGAGACGAGGGGCACUGGUAAUUCUUGCUCUCCUGGGGGUGAGCUCUGCCCUCUCCCCCUCCACAUACCUCACCCCAGCUGACAAGGAGAGGCUGAAGCUAGUCCUAGACCCAGCGUGGUCUCUCUCAGACCUCGCACAAGUCCUUUAUGCUUCAGCAGGCUACAAGCACUUAGGCCAGCCUAUCCCCAAUGAACAGGGAGUGUGCAAUUUUGUCAAGAGCUCUGCUGGUGAUGGAGCAACAGUCGAAACUCUGUUUUUGGCUUCCUCAGCUGGCAAAGCACUUGGGUGCCCUGUGGCAGCCACUGCAGCCUCCAAGCAGGCUGUAAGUGAUGCCAUCCGAGAAGGGGCCUCUCCCCUGGAGCUCUUCCAUGCUGUCACUGCCGCCACAAAUCUUGGGGUUGAGGUAGAUGUUGCCAAGGUCUUGAGGGCCACACAGAUGGCUCUGAAGAAGGAUGACAGCGUCCUCAGCUUGGGCUAUGCCUUCCACGUUGGGUCUCAGCUCCGCGGGGAAGUCAGCAGCAUCUUUGAGAGGAUUGAGGAUGCUAUAGUUCAGGCAGAUGAAGUUGAUGGGCGGAUGCUGCAAUUUGAAGGAGGAUUAUCAAUAACUGCCCUGGUCUUAAGUGGUGCCUACAAACUGGCUGAGAAUUCAAACAAGGCUCCACCAAUCAAGCCUGACCAAGCUGUCAAGUUUGCCAAUUACCUGAUGUCCCGCAAGUCUGUGCAGGUGCCCAAGGGGGUCUACUACCUUUUGGAAGCUGUGUCAAUGUUCACCAGCAACAGGUUCCAUAUCCCAGUUGCCAUCACACUGGCUAGUAAUGUAGCAGUUAGUGCUGAUGCUCCUCGUGUCCAGGUACGUGUAACAGACCUGAAGGGCAGCAGUCUUGGUUCCCUACGUGUUGUUGCAGAUUCUGCCACACGUGACUCGGAUGAGGUUGUCAUAGUGUCCAAGGAGGAAUUGUCUCCACUUGCUGGGCAAGACGGAGUGUAUGAAUUUGAUGUGAUGUCCCGCCAGCCAGAGCGAGGCUUUUACCGCCUGGUGGUGAGCACCGUGACCUCUGAUUCACGCCUGGUUGGUCAUAUGGCUGCUCAGCUUACCUUUAAGGUUCUCACAGCCAUCGAUAUCCAGGGUGUAGAGGUGGGAACAGCUGACUCCGACCGCUCCACAGCCCCAAGCCUACAGAAGUUGGCUUAUCCUAAUCAGCUACCUAGUGAACUUGUAGCCGACCAGCAUCAGCGUGUGUUGCUGCGUUUCAUUGUGCGGGACCUAGCAUCAGGACGUUCAACUGAGGUCCAUCAAGCCUUUGUCAAAAUCACACACAUUGAGUCCAAGCGUGAAAUUAUAUUUGUGGCUGAGACAGACUCUAAUGACGUCUACAAGUUUGAUAUGGAUGUCAGCAAUAAUGUUAAGGAGUUUGGUGGUGUUAGUGGCUCAUACUCAAUGGAGCUGAUCAUUGGUGAUGCGUCCAUCAGCAACCCAACCCUGUGGCACAUUGGGGAUGUCUCCCUUUCCUUCCCUGAGGGCAGUGUGUCUACCCCAUCCCAGGACUACACCUACAAGGCUCGUCCAGAGAUCCAGCAUGAGUUCCGCAAGCCUGACCCUCGUCCCUCUACCCUUGUGUCCCUGACUUUCACCAUGUUGUGUGUAGUGCCUCUGUUGCUGCUCUUGGCCAUGUGGGCAAAGCUUGGCGUAAACCUCUCCAAUUUCCCUGUAUCUAUGUCAGCAAUUGCUUUCCACGUUGGUCUUGCAGCUAUUAUGGGACUCUUCUGCUUGUUCUGGCUCCAACUAGACAUGUUCACCACCCUUCGCUAUCUGUUCAUGGUGGGCAUCGUCACCUUCUUCUCAGGGAACUCGAUGCUGUCAAACAUCGCAGCUAAUAGGAAGGAGCAGGAGGUGAAGAUGGUGUAUGGGCCGUACUACAAUAAAUCUUACAGGUUUUCGCAGAACCAGCAGAACUAACUCUCAGCUUUAGGGUUUCGGUGAAGGACCGAUUGAGCUAGUUUCCGGAGCAGUAAUGGUGAAUAGGUGACAGUCUGCGUGACAUUAAUUUUUUUUUAAUUAUUAUUAUUGUCAUCAAUAAUAAAGUGUCCUCGCCAUUCCAACUUUGAUGACGUUGACUGUCUCCCUUGCCGUGCUUUGUAUUUAUGGCAACGCAGACAUUUUCCUGUGCAAAAGUGAUAGUUAUUCUUAGGAAAGAAUGCAGCAAGAAGAUGUAAGAAAAUGGGAGAAAAAAGGAAAAUGAAGACAGGAGCGAGGAUGAAAGAAGAAAGAAAAAAAAGAAGAUGGAAGAUAAAGUGUUAAAUAUACAAACUGAUUGGAAUGACUCGAGUGUUUAUUUUGAUGAAGGAAAUCAUCAAGUACCAGUACUGUUAUGUUUUGUGAUGGAGAGAGAGAAAAGAUUUAAGUAUUUGUAUCAUUUCUUCUUUUUUUCUUUUUUUUUCUUUUUUCUUUCAUUCUUUCUUUCUCUCUCCUCGUCUAUGAUAUUUCAAUAGAUGUAAGCGUGUUUUCUCGGAUACGCUUGGACUCUCGUUUCCUCUCCAGGCGAGUGAUUGCCAGGAGGACGACGACUAAAAGUGUGUGUGAAUGAACAAGCAAAAAACUUCACAAGUUCAUGUCCUUUCUUUUUCUUUUAUUUUUGUAUUUUUAUUCUUUUUUUUUUUUUAAUUUGAUUUUCUUCUGCCUUUCAAGGAGAAUGGGAAAUCCUUCUCCAAGAAAGUGUGUCAUUCCAUUAUAUUUUUUUCCCCCAGUGUUUCUUCAUAUCGUGUGUUAUCACUACUGCUUGUUAAGUCAGUAAUUGUGUGAUUUAUUGUUGUGAGGUGAGGAGGAAAUGGUGAAUAAAAUCAUGUCAUGUUA